AUGUCAUUANAUUACUUAAUACUGUAGUAAUCUUUGAAGAACCUGGAUGAACAGAGGUUAGAAUCAACAUUUUCAGAGUCACAAACUUAAGACAUCUUUGCCACACUUGCCAAUGCCUUAGGUAAAGAGGAAGAUAAACCACAGGCUUCUUUGAGUAAUCAAGAUAUAUACGAUCUAAUUAUGUGGGAAGUGUAGUUAUAAAUAAUGGAGACCGACAAUAAAUAUAUCAAAUUGGAUUACUAUAAUGAACUAUUGAAAUCUACACAACUUACUGAUGUAACUACUCCCCAAGAUGCAUUUAUAAGGUUUAUUCACGAAGUCAAAGGAGUCCUUAGUUAUGAAUAGAUGAAACUGAUCUUUCUCUUUGUGUAUUCCUUUCGAAAACUUCUGCUCGAUUUUCCAGAUUGUACAACUAGUGGAUUAGUUGAAAAAGCUAACUAGUUAAUUUGUUCUCAAUUGGAUAAAGUACUCUAAAGUAUCCAAUAAUUAUCAAAUCGAAAUUACAUAGUACAUUUAUCUAGAGUAUCAAAUUUGAGAGAGGUAAUGAUCAAAAUAGUACUUGGAUUUUGUAAUUGGCUAUAUGCUCGUCAUUUGACCGAUGACAAAUUACUUCUGAAGAGCGAUUCUGAUUGA